AUGAAUCAGGCAAACGACGCUAUCCUCCACAUGGCAACCGUGGGCGAAGAUGACGCGGACCAAAAGACCAACGAAGACAUUUACUGUGAAGCCUUGGCGGAAACUCUACAUCAUGUUGCCCUCCCCGCAACGGUGGGGUUUUAUGCCCCAUGGGGACGGAACAAGAAAAUCCUCUUGGAAAAAGUCAAAGAUGCCAUGACCAGAAGAAGCGAAGAAAACGAUGGGAAAGGUGGUGGAGGAAACAGGACUUCUCUGCUUUCCCUCGUCUGGCACAUGAUUUUUUAUCUCCCCGUCUUCAAUUCAAUAUCAUCCAAAAGAGUCCGAUACAUUUUCAUCAGCUUCAAUGCCUGGGAGUACAUCGGAUGUGACCAUACCUGGGCCGGUCUGGUUACGACGCUGCUUGAUGAAAUCGAAGCGAAGAAUAAAAUUCUCUUCGGCGUUCUUAGGGCCUUCGGCGGGGAACCCUUUGAAGAGCAUGUGCCACAAGGAAAGAGAUGGGUUUCUAAAAGCUGGACGAAGAUCUUCUUUUGGGGUUUCUUAGGUGUUGUUAUCGGUUUAACCCUGGGUAAUGUGCUGCUGAGGGAACUCGUAGAGAACAAGUUAUGGAAGAACAUGGGAUACAUGAUUGCAGGAGUGACAGCUGCCGUCUCUAGUCUUCCUGUCAUGGUGGUAGCCAAACAUUCCCUUUUCACAAUGAAAAUGAAGCUUCAGAAGGACAUGAACAGAAAGGACCUCAGUGCGCAGUUGGGCUUCAUGCACUCGGUGAAAGAAGAGGUCAAAACCACAAUCAAUUUCCUCCACUUCAUGGCACUCCACGAGGACAAAGAGAUCCGGGUGGUCUUAAAGAUCACCUGCUUGGAUUUCUGUGCUCCAGACAAGGUGGUGGCAGUCCUGGAUGUCAUCAAAAUUCUUCUCAGCGACCCAGAUGCUCCGUUUAUCCUCAUCCUGGCUGCCGACCCAAGUAUCCUUGUGGAAUGCAUUCAGCAGUCAAGUAAUUCCUGUAGCAACGGCUACUUGUACUUGGAUCGCAUCGUUUCCCUGCCCUUCUCUUUGCCGCAGAUGAGUCCAAUGGCCAAGUCACAGUUACUCAAAGGGAUUCUGAAAAAACAGUUGAAGGAGGGUUCCACUACAAAUUUAGGGAAAAAAGAUUCAGCAGAAAGCAGUAAGAAGAACACAGCUAGGGCGUUAACAAGAAAAGAAAUUGAGCAUAUCCAUCAGUAUCUAUGCAAUGAGAAUUUUGACGCCUACUUCCCGGGGAAUUCUGCCCAGAUGAGGCGGGUCGUGAACACCGUGCUGACCACGUGGACCAUGAUCAAAAUGGGAUUUCGACCCAGAGGAGGAUACAAAACAAAUGGAAAAGUUGAGAGAGGGACAAUCGAGCAGAUGAUCGAUUGGGUUGUCCUUGCCAACUGUUGGUCUUGCCGUCUGAGCUGGAUUUUGCAAUGCGUGGAGGACGAUGAGCAGCAAAGAAGAUUCGAGGAAAUCCAGAGAAUGGAGGACAGCGGGAAGAAUGCAGGAGGACAUCAACCGAGGAAAAUAUCAGAAGAGAGUGAUUACCGAAGAUUACUGGACGUUUAUGAGACCAACGCUGGAGAACUGGACAGGAUAAAGCACGACAUCACGAAACUUUUAGAACUUGAUGGAGACCCUGACCUUUUCCGAAUCUUCUUGCAGAAGAGCCAUUUUACAGUCAGGUGGGCCAGAUAUUUCUCUGACCUUCUCAUCAAUUUGGACUUCUCCUUAAAACGGCAUUUCGAAUUGCUCCGUGGUCUCAGCAGCAUCACCAGGAAGAAGUAA